GACCGAACACAGGUGUUCACAACAUUAACAAAGCACCAGGGGUGUUAACUGUCCUCGAUUUUUGUAACGUUAGCUGUGGGUGCAAAUAAAACCGUCUGAUUGGGCUAAGUUUACAUUAAGUCAUGCAUGAUACAUGACAGAGUUUUGACCCUGGAUCCGCCAUCUGUAAGACGUCUGGAGACUAAAUACGUAUGGGACGGGAACCAGUCUAAGGUGAAGAUGGCAGCUCCCAUGACAGGACACGCGAGAUUCUGUGCUAGAAGUUUUAAAAAAGUUUUGCUCGGAAGACAUUUAAACGGGUGCCAAAAAUUAGUCAAACGUCAGUGCAGAUCAGCAUCGACAGAUAAUUCACAAUACUGCCUGGACUUAGUUGGGUUGGUUUUUAAGAGGAAGAGUGACCAUGAGAGUUUCCUGUCUGCCCUUCUCCUGCCCCAGUCUGCCAGAGCGUCAGUGAUUGCACUCAGAGCCUUCAACGUGGAGACGGCCUCUGUCAACGAAUCGGUCAGCGAGAAGCACAUUGGACUCAUGCGGAUGCAGUUUUGGAAGGACGUCCUCACCAGAAUUUAUGAGGGAGCGCCAACACAGCAGCCAGUUGCGAUGGAGCUAUACAGAGCUGUGCAUCGGCACAAGCUGUCUAAAAGAUGGCUGACCAGGAUUUUGGAGGCAAGAGUUGAGACGUUGGAUGCCAAGCCUUAUCAGAGUGUAGAAGAAUUAGAGGCCUAUGCUGAAAGCACAUCCUCAUCAUUACUGUAUCUUACGCUGGAGGCUUUGGGAGUGAAAGAUGUGAAUGCAGACCAUGCAGCCAGCCAUAUCGGCAAGGCACAGGGUAUCGUCACACUGCUCAGGGCAACGCCGUAUCACAUCAGUAAGAGACAAGUGCUACUACCCAUGGACGUCACCAUCAAGCAUAAUGUAUCCCAUGAGACCAUACUACAAAGGAAUGCUGAGCAGCCUUUGAAGGAUGUGAUCUACGACAUUGCAAGUGCCGCUCAUGUCCACCUAGAAACUGCCAGAUCAUUCAAGGCCAGUGUACCCAGGGAGGCCCUGCCCGCCUUCCUUGUCACUGGAUCAGUCGAGGCCUACCUCCGGCGACUGCAGAAGGUCAACUUUGACAUCUUCCACAAAAACUGUAUGAAGAAGGAGUCACUUCUACCUCUCCUACUGUGGUUGCAAAACAAACGGAAAAAGUAUUAGUGAUGAGAAGGUUACAUAACGGAGUAUUCAGGUGGUAUCAAAUGGAAUGUGUAGGCUAUUGUGUAUGAUCGCAAAUUUUGGCUUGAAAAGAUACCUUUUGAUAUUUGUAUAUGGGCUGAGAGAUUGAGUCUGACUAUUCAGUAUUUUAAUGUAUACAGAUUCAUCCAUUAAUAUGGAAAAAGACGGACAAGUGUCAAAAUCUUGUGUCAUGAAGUUCUUACCACUAGGGCGGUGGAUCCAGGUUCAGUUCAAGAGGGUGUUUGGCUUUGUGGGUAGGGGGCUUAUGGACAUUUGUUAUUGUUUUCCCUGUUAUUUUCCUAUUUUGGCAGAAGGGUGUGUGUCCCCUUAUUUCUCCCCUGUAGGUCUCCCAGUGCUCACUUACUACAUUGAAAAUGAAGAAGCAGUGAGAGUUUGGGCUACUUUUGAAGAAUCUCUCGUGGAUCCGUAACUAGUCCCGUUGUAUGCACCAUCCAUGUCUAUUAACUCGGAAAAUUUCAAUACGUCAAAUUCAUUCGGAAUAUCAAAGUGCAUUAGUGUAAACCUAUGUGUGAUAUUUUUCAUAAGUUUUGUUACAUAAUUUAUAAAUUGACUAAUUGUGGUUCAGAAAUAAAGAUGAA